AUGGUCGAGCGUUGGCACUGCACCUUCAAGGCGGCGAUUAUGUGCCAUAACACGCCGAGCUGGGUGGAUGUCCUCCCUACAGUCUUACUCGGGUUACGCACUCAUUUGCGUAUGGACACAAAAGCUUCUCCUGCCGAAUUUCUUUACGGCACGGUAUUGCGGAUUCCGGGAAAAUUUUUCCUCCAGGAGGAUUUUACGCCGGAUCCCCAAAUUUUUGUAGACGAUAUUAGACAGCACAUGCGACAGGUGAAGCCAGUACCGGUGGCACACCAUUACGAAAAACGCGUUUUCCAAUUCAAGGAGUUGUCGGUCUGUUCGCACGUCUUCCUCCGUAAGGACGCUGUGAAAAAGCCUUUGAAGCGACCUUAUUCGAGCCCCUUCAAAGUGCUUGAAAGGACGUCAGACAAAGUCUACACUAUCGAGAUUAACGGCAGACCCACGGCCGUAUCGAUAGAACGUCUCAAGCCUGCUCACUUUAUACCGGACGACAUUCCGAUCGCUAACGAUCCGUCCACGUCCGACGCUACGGACAAGCCUUCCGCUUCGUCAAGCGCUCAGUCAGGUACCUUAAAAACUUAUGCGGGUCCUAAAAAGAAUGUACAAAUUAGGCUAUACAAAAACACUGUACGUACAUCCGCUCGCUAG